AUGUCUUUCUUCAAGAAGCUCACCAAGGAGUUCGAGGAGCUCAAGACCUCCUUCUCCGACGACAAGCCCGCCGACAAGCCUGCCGAGAAGAAGGACGACCAGCAGCACCAGACCGGCGAACGCGGCUACGGUGAUCACUCGCAGCAGCAGCAGCAGCAGCAGUACGGCGGCUACGGCGGCGGUGCUCCCCCCUCCAACUACCCCUACCCCUCGCAGGCACAGCCUCAGUCCGGCCCGGAUCACGGGUACGGCAGCCAGCCCAGCUACGCCCAGACGCCGCCUCCAGCUCCCCAGUCCGCCGCGCCCCCCAUGGCCGCUCCUCCCGUCUCGCGCGGCUGGCUCGUCCAGUGGGACACCACCCACAACCGCUGGUUCUACGUCGACCAGAGCUCCGGCCGUUCCCAGUGGGAACACCCGUCGCCUCCUACCGGCCCCCAGGGCGGAUCCUCCUACGCCCCGCCUCCCGUCCCUCCCCACCCUUCCUCCGACACCAGAGCUUUCGGAGGCGACCAGGGCCACGGCUACGGCUCUCCCGCUCCUUCUUACGGCGGCGCUGCCCCCUAUGGUGCCCCCUCCUACGGCCAGCCCGCCUAUGGCGGUGCACCCGCUCCUUAUGGCCAGGCUCCCUACGGCCAGCAGGGCGGUACCAACCCCUACGGCGAGAAGGACAAGGAGAAGAAGAGCAACAGCAGCGGCAUGCUCCUCGGUGCCGCCGGUGGUCUCGCCGUUGGUGCUGUUGGUGGCGCCUUGAUCGCCAACGCUCUUGAUGAUUCGGAUGACGAGCGCAAGGCCGCCGCCGCACCUGCCGCCGCGCCCGCCCCUCAGCCGCAGUACGGCGGCUACCAGGACCCCUACGCCGACCCCUACGCCAACUCCAACGCGCCUCCGGCCGUCCUCCCUGCCACCGACGCGGACGGCGACUCCGUGUCGUCCAGCGACCGCGAGGAUGUUCAGGAUGCCAGGGCCGAGUAUGAGGAGGCUCUCGCUGCCGCCGCCGACUCGGACGCCAGCAGCAGCGACCACGAGCGCCUCGAGGAGGCCAGAGAAGAGUACGAGGAGACGUACGAGGAGGUAUACGGCGAUGACGACUAG